UCUUCUGUCCUUUCACUGGCAGAUUUUAGUCUGCAGCUUUGAUUUGACAACACUCUGAUGAUGUCUGCAGUGGUGGCCCAGUGCCACUACAGCUUUGGUUUGCAGAGGGGCGUGGCCAAUAACCUGUUCUACUUUGAUGAGCAGACUGUCAUCUUCCCAUCCGGGAAUAACUGUGUUCGUUAUAACAUUGAUCAGAAAUGGCAGAGGUUCAUCCCAGGUUUGGAGAGGAGUCAGGGAAUGUAUGCCCUGGCUAUCAGCUCAAACCGCCGCUACCUGGCGGUGUCGGAGCGUGGAGACAGGGCCACCAUUACGGUGUACGACCUGCAGCACGAGCAGAGCCGGAAGAGGAAGGUGCUGAAUGGAGGGGACAUCCAUGUCCAGGAGUUUGUCUCCAUGGCCUUCUCCACUGACUCCAAGUACUUCAUUGGCCAAUCAGGAGCGCCAGACUACACCCUCUUCUACUGGAUGUGGGAGAAGCAGAAGGUCAUGGCCAUGGUGAAGACCACUGUGGCCACUAAUCCAGUCAACCAGGUCAGCUUGAACCCAUACGACAACACCCAGAUCUGUGUGAGUGGGAAUGGGGUCUUCAAGCUGUUCCGCUAUGCAGAGGGGGUUCUGAAGCAGUCCACCUUCCAUAAGCAAGAGACCCAUAACUUCCUAUCCCAUGCCUGGAUGUCUGAGGAGAGGGUGAUUGCAGGGACAGAAGCUGGGAGGCUGAUGGUGUUUGAGUCUGGAGACCUCCGAUGGGACAUGAGUGUGACCACCAAGACCACCAUGUCACAGGACCCAGACAGUGCAGAGGGAAAUGAUGAAGAGACCCCUCAGUUGCCACGGGUUACAGUCAUCACAGCUUACUCGAAAGGCUUUGCCUGCUCGGCCGGUCCUGGGACUGUGUAUCUGUUUGAGAGAACCGACGACAAGGACAACUACAGGAAGACCAGGGAGAUCAGGAUCCCCCCAGACCAGUGCAGUCACGAGCCCAGCCAUGCAGAGCAGCAGCAGAUUGUCUCUCUGGUCAUCAGUCCAUCAGAGGAGACAGUAGUGACCAGCACAGAUCGUGGUCAGCUCUACAGUAUCACCCUGUCCUCUGCUGAGAUGAGCAAGGGGGAGCAGGUCCAGUUUGAGUUCCUGUCCCACUCUUUCCACUCUGGGCCUAUCACCGGCCUGUCCGUCUGCAUCCGCAAGCCCAUCAUCGCCACCUGCUCCCUGGACCAGUCUGUACGCAUUUGGAACGUUGAGACCAACACCCUCGAGCUGUAUAAGGAGUUCCAGGAGGAGGCGUUCAGCAUCGCCCUCCACCCGUUUGGCCUGUUUGUCAUGGUGGGCUUCUCUGACAAGCUGCGACUCAUGAACCUGCUCAUAGACGACGUCAGGACCUUCAAGGAGUUCACCGUGCGAGCCUGUAGAGAGUGUGCCUUCAGUCACGGAGGACACCUGUUUGCUGCGGUCAAUGGAAACAUCAUCCACAUCUACUCCACCACUACGUUCGAGAACGUCCUCAACCUCAAAGGACACAAUGGGAAGGUGCGCUCCAUAGCCUGGAGUGGUGAUGACAGCAGGCUGGUGUCGUGUGGUAUGGAGGGGGCUGUGUACGAGUGGAACACCCUGACCAGCAAGCGGGAGUCGGAGAGCGUCCUCAAGUCCUGCAGCUACACCAGCGUCACCAUCUCCCCUGACGCCAAGACUAUCUUUGCCGUGGGGACCGACUGUACCCUGAAAGAGAUCCAGGCCUGUCAAAUCCUACGUGAAGUGCCCGCUGAAGAUGUGGCUUACACCACCAUCGCUAUGUCCCGUUCUGGGCGCACGCUCUUCACUGGGACCUCCAUUGGAACCAUCAGGGCCAUCAAGUACCCCCUGUCCACCCAGAAGGACUGGAUCGAGUACCAGGCCCACUCUUCACCUGUCACCAAGAUGGUGAUCACUUUUGAUGACCAGUACCUACUGACGGUUUCUGAGGACGGCUGUCUGCUCAUCUGGAAGAUCAUAGACAAGGAGGGCCGCGGCCUGAAGAGAGACAAGGAGAUCACCUACGCUGAGGAGAUCCUCAUCACCAAGUCAGACCUGGAGGAGAAGAACCAGGUGAUGUUAGAGCUGAAGACACGUGUGGAGGAGCUGAAGAUGGAGAAUGAGUACCAGCUCCGUCUGAAGGACAUGAACUACAACGAAAAGACCAAGGAGCUGUCAACUACAUUUGUUCAGCAGAUGGAGUCGCUCAAGACCAACAUACAGAUCCUGAAGACAGAGAGAGACAAUAUGGAGGUAGCUAAUCAGGAGACCAUGUUCGAGGUCAUGGAGAAACACUCCAAAGAGCUGCAGGAUAUGGAAUCGGCCAACAGUCAGAAGCUGAUGCUGGAAUAUGAGAAGUACCAGGAGCUGCAGUUCAAGUCUCAGCAGAUGCAGCAGGACUACGAAAAGCAGCUGCAGCAGAUGGACGAGAGCAAGACUGCUGCCCUGGAGGAGCUCACCCUCUACUACGAGGGAAAGAUGCAGGAGAAACUACUGGUGCUGGAGCAGUGCCAGGAGGAGUCUCGUAUCCAGGCGAGGGAGUUUGAGGAGAGCAGGAAGCAGAUGGAGGAGGAUGGGGACAGGGAGAUCCAGGACAUCAGGGUCCGCUACGAGAGGUGGCUGAGGGACGAGAGGGAGACCAACAUGCGCAUGAAGAGAGACACCGGCAUCAUGAAGAAGAAGUUCAGCAGCCUCCAGAAGGAUAUAGACAACAGCAACGUGGAGAUGGAGAGGAUGAAGUUGGAGCAGCAGAAGCUACAGGCCAUCGUCAAGUCCUUGGAAAAGGACAUCCUGGCUCUGAAGAAAGCGAUCCAGGAGAGGGACGAGACCAUCCAAGACAAGGAGAAACGCAUCUAUGAUCUGAAGAAGAAGAACCAGGAGCUGGAGAAGUUUAAAUUUGUCCUGGACUACAAGAUCAAAGAGCUGAAGAAACAAAUAGAGCCCAGAGAGAAUGAUAUCAAGGAGAUGAAGGAGCAGAUCCACGAGAUGGAGGAGGAGCUGGAUACCUUCCACAAGAAGAACACUCAGGGAGAGCUGGACAUCGCUGAGCUGAAGCUCAAACUCACCACCACUGACAAGGAAAUGCACAAGGGCCUGCAGAAGGUGAGAGAUGUGGAGGCCCUGGUACGCAGGUUCAAGACGGACCUCCAUAACUGUGUGGGGUUCAUCCAAGAGCCCAAGAGGCUGAAGGAGAGCAUCAGAGACCUGUAUGACCGCUACGCACAGCAGAGUGACGUGCUGGAUAAAGUUAGUGUGGACCCAAACGUUCAGAUGGAGUACGCUAGGCAAAGGGACCACCUGGAGAGGAACGUGGCGUCCCUGAAGAGGAAGCUGGCCCAAGACAGCGUGGUCCACCAUGCUGACAACGUCAAGAUCAUGCAGGAGAACGUGACUCUGAUCAGUGAGGUCAACGACCUGCGGCGGCAGCUGCAUCUGGCGGACUCCCAGGUCCAUGACUACAAGAGUAUGAUGGGAAAGAAGGGCCUGAAGCAGACCAACACACUCAAAGCCCUGCUGUCUCCCAGGGCCAACCCCAGUAACAUGGUGGUCCGUCUGAAUGAGGAGGACAAAGGGGACCGCAUCAUCCAGCUGCAGCGCCUAGAGAUCCAGAGACUGAGAGAGGAGAUACAGGUCCUGAUGAAGAUACACCCCUACAGACCCCCCUCCACCGCCAAGCUACCCUCCCUCCAAACCAACACAUAACCACCACCACCCCUACAGACCCACCUCCAUCGCCAAGCUACCCUCCCUCCAAACCAACACAUAACCACCACCACCACCACCACACCUACAGACCCACCUCCACCGCCAAGCUACCCUCCCUCCAAACCAACACAUAACCACCACCACCACCCCUACAGACCCCACUCCACUGCCAAGCUACCCUCCCUCCAAACCAACACAUAACCACCACCACCACCACCACACCUACAGACCCACCUCCACCGCCAAGCUACCCUCCCUCCAAACCAACACAUAACCAUCACCACCACCACCACACCUACAGACCCACCUCCAUUGCCAAGCUACCCUCCCUCCAAACCAACACAUAACCACCACCACCCCUACAGACCCACCUCCAUCGCCAAGCUACCCUCCCUCCAAACCAACACAUAACCACCACCACCACCACCACACCUACAGACCCACCUCCACUGCCAAGCUACCCUCCCUCCAAACCAACACAUAACCACCACCACCCCUACAGACCCCACUCCACUGCCAAGCUACCCUCCCUCCAAACCAACACAUAACCAUCACCACCACCCCUACAGACCCCACUCCACUGCCAAGCUACCCUCCCUCCAAACCAACACAUAACCACCACCACCACCACCACCCCUACAGACCCCACUCCACUGCCAAGCUACCCUCCCUCCAAACCAACACAUAACCACCACCACCACCCCUACAGACCCCACUCCACUGCCAAACUACCCUCCAAACCAACACAUAACCACCAUCACCACCCCUACAGACCCCAUCCACCGCCAAGCUACCCUCCCUCCAAACCAAUACAUAACCACCACCACCACCCCUACAGACCCCAUCCACCGCCAAGCUACCCUCCCUCCAAACCAAUACAUAACCACCACCCUCUCUCCAAACCAAUACAUAACCACCACCACCACCCUCUCUCCAAACCAAUACAUAACCUCCUCACCACCACUACCACUCCCCCAACACACAGACCCAUGCAGUAUAAGACCUCCACAUCAUAGUAAAAAUAAUUUAAAGAAAAUGUUUGCAUAUUUAAAGUGCCUUUUAGCAGAAGUAAUCAUUAAUGGCAUUUUUUUUUUUAAAGCAAAUUGGAAAUAAAAAGUAGAACAAUUCCUAUUUGAGUUUUUCUACAUAUUUUUUUUAUGAGAUGGGGCCCAUUGGAAUUUUCAAAAGUGAAUGGAGGCUUUUCUUGUCAGGGUGGAUCAAAUCAAUAAGCCAUUGUGUCUGACUGGAAAUGAUGAACGUUUUAUGACAAGCUAUUCAUUAACAAGAACAUUGACAUUGUUGGGUAUUGUUCAUCAAAAACCGUUUUCACCAUAUUGAUUCCAUAUUGUAUAGGCUUGUCAGUAGCCUUUUUGUGUUUUGAUUGAUGCAUGUGGUGUGCAUAUUUAACGGGUCUGCUCGGUGAAAGGGUAUUCCUUUUUACGUUACCGUAAAAAAACAAGACA